UUUUUUUUUUCCAUUUUUCUUUUUUUCUUUUUUGGAAAAAAUUAGAUGAAAAACUAGUAGUUUCUCGCAUUGAAUUCCCUGGGAUGAAGAAAGCUCCAGCUUCCUAACCUAUGGCUGCUCUGCAAAUUCUCAAAUCAACUGUCUCUCCUCCUUCGAUCUCUCAGCCGAAUUUUGGCGUUCAAUCAAGCCGGUUCUUCUCGGACUUGGAUUCCACCAGGAGGUUUGUACUGCUUCAUGGACGUCGGAGGAGUUUGCGAUAUGGCUGCGUUUGUAGAAGGUUGAGUUUCCGCUGCGCUGCUCAGGAUGCUGAUAAGGAUAGCAAUGGAGAAGAACCUCCAGAAUCAUUAUUCAUGAAGGAGCUGAAGAAGAGAGGUAUAACUCCCACUUCCUUGCUUGAGGAUACUAACAACAGUGACUUUGGACUUGGUGGCGAGAUGACUGGAGAAAACAGAGAUUUCUCCCGUAGAAGUGCUGUUUCAACUGAAGUUAACAAGAGCCUAUCCAAUCAAAGGGAGCGUUCCAUGCAAUUGAACAGUGAAGGCCUUGAGGGGUUGAUCCCUCGUGCUAAACUGUUGCUAACAAUAGGAGGAACAUUCUUCUUAGGAUUCUGGCCGUUGAUCAUCAUUACUGUUUCCUUCUUUUUUGCUUUAUACUUUUUUUUUGGAGCAUCUUUUGUUCAUGAUGGCAGCAGAACGGCAAUAUCUCCUCCAUCGUACGUUGAUCCAUAUGCUCUUUUGGAAGAAGAGAGAAUUUCACAAAGAGCUCCUCCUGUAAAUUGACUUGCCCCAUUUAAAAAAAAAAAAAAACAAUCCAAAUUGCUUGCUUUUCUGCUACUUUCUUUUCCCUUUCCCAAUAUUGAUUCAUAUGAUAUGAUAUGUAAAUGAUUAUUAGCUAGAAUUUUCUUCUUUAGUUUACGUUUUUCAGACUCCUGGUCUUCCGCCCUAAA